AUGUUCCUCCAGCUAUUAGCCCUAUGUGGGACUAUUUUAGGUUUCCUUUUCUUAACUUUAUCCAUUGCAUCUGGCUUGUACUACUUAAGUGAAUUAAUAGAGGAAUAUUCUGAACCUACUAGGAGAUUUUUAACAAAGGCCAUAUAUGUGAUAGUCGGAUUACACGUACUACUCCUAUUUGACGGCUUCCCAAUUCUAUUAACAUUUUUCUCGAUAGCGUCUUAUUUUAUACACUACCAGAAUUUAAAACAAUUCCCAUUUGUAUCGUUGAGCAGCCCAACGUUCAUUUGCACUUGCAUACUAGUCGCUUUAAACCACUAUUUCUGGCUUAGACACUUCAAUGAUGUUGAAAUUCCACCCCAGUACUUAAGUGAUCCAAUGUAUAUGCCGCGGAAGAAGGCAUCAUUUACUGAGGUUACGUCGUUUUUUGCCAUAUGUAUAUGGUUUAUACCAUUCUCAUUAUUUGUAUCAUUAUCUGCAGGUGAAAAUAUCCUGCCUACGACUAUGGGAAAGAAAAAUGAUGACUACGAUUCUAGUAAUAUGAUGAGAAGGAAGGCUAGUAGUUUAGUAAAGGUUAUAAUUGACUCUGUUCGAGAAUACUUUAGCAAGAUUGCUAGUGUAGUCGGUAUACGAAGUCAUCGUACACAAGAUCAUCUAACAUUAUAA